AUGGAAUGGUCUAGUUCAUAUCAUAAACAUUCUUAUUCUGAUCUAAUCGGUACUAUUCGCGAACUAUCCGAUAUUCAUGCGAUCGAACAUAAUCAUCAAAUUGUACAAUCACUUAAUAAAGAACCAUUAUACGAAGAAUUUCGUCUCGUUAAUACAGGCAUGUUGUUGAAGUCACCAUCGUCAUUGUCAAAAAAGGGACAGAAAUUAAAGCGCGAUAUUCAAUUGAACACAUCGCUACCGAUGAUAACGACCGUUCUGUCGACAACAACUACGGUGAUGAACAUCUCUUCUCUGUAUACAUCGAAACCAGAAUUAGUUCAGUAUACAAAUUUGUCUCUAACAACAUCUUAUGAUGAAUCAUCAUUGAUAAAUAGUGAUGAUAAAGAAGAACGAUGGGCAAAUUUAAUUGACAUGCACAACGAAGAAUUGAUUCCCAUUGAUAUUAUGUCAAGACAAAUGUUGUUUGAUGCAAGUGUAACAGUCGAUGGUAGUGGAGAGUCCACUCUUCUUCCAACUCCAGAAACUAUCUCCAGAAUAUCUUCAACAUAUUUCGUGGAAACAAGUACUUUACCUCAACAAUUGACAAUGUCAUCGACUAUGGAAUCAACAAUUCGUCCAUCAUCAGAAACCUAUCUAGAGCCUUCAACUAUCAAAUCAGAAAGUACUAAUAGUGAAUACAUUGUUACAAGUUUAAGAGAAAGUUCUACAUUAAUAGAAAAUGAAACUCUAAGCAGUGUGAACGAAUUCCCAGUAUCAGUUGAAAUGAUCAUGACACCACUAUUUGACUCUUCUGAACCAACAUUAACUUUUGUUGAAGAAAUACAAUCUACUUUUACAACUGUUCAAUCUCUAACGGAAUCUGAAACCACAAGCUCUUUUACGAUAUUUACAUCUCAGACUAUGUCAAAUUCAGUUUUGUCCACAGCUACAAAUUUGGUGCAGUCAUCAUCACAAUUCACUGGUUCAGGAAAUGAAGAACUUUCUUCUACUCAAACUACAACGUUAUUUAAAACGAUAAGUUUGCCAUUAUCGAGUAUCACGAUAGUACAAAUAUCGAAUGCAAACACCAUAGCUCAAACGACUACUCCAUUGGUUUCAUCUGAAAGCACAGCAGAAAAUUUUUCGCUAACGCCUGAAUUAACAUCAGCGAUAACUACUUCAGUCCUAUCAGAAUCUACGAUAUUUUUUUCAGAAAAUUUAACGUUAUCAUCAAGUUAUAUACCAACACAAUAUGAAUCGACAGACAGCAUCCUUGUUCCUCAGUCUGGCGUGGACCGUAAUAUUCUAUCAGCAGAGUAUACAUUAUUCGAUUCAAUAUAUUUUCCACCAUAUCAAUAUACUCGACUCUGGAUAGUUGACAAAGGUUACUUAACAUUUGGCGAUCCAAUUUAUCAGCGCGAUAUGAACCAAGGAAAUUUUCAACUACUUAAACAGGCCAUUGUAGCACCGUUUUGGACAACAUUAACAUAUGAACAAAGUUCUAGUAUGGCCGUGAGUGUAUAUAAUACAUCACAUUCAAGCAAUGGAUUUAUUCGCAAUGUAGUUAAUGAGAUCAUCGAACUAGCUUGUCCAUUGCCUCCAUGUGCUUCGUUAAACGAUAGUCUCAUGAAAAUUGUACGCAUUAAAUGGAAAAACUUGACCUAUCCGGCAACUUCAUCAUUUGGUAUAACAUUUAGUGUGUUUAUAAUCAAUACCUACGAUACACUUUACAUCAAUAGACCAGUGCUUCGAACAUAUCUGGCUUUCGACUAUACGAACUUAGAAAUUAAUAGUCAAAUAAAGCCUUUUAUUGGUUAUCGAACGGCACUCUCAAAUUUACUGAUUCUUAAUAAUCCUUCUAGUCAAAGACAAAGUGGAUUCAUUGCUGAAAAAGCUAUUGCGGGCAUGUAUGUCGGUGGACGAUUCCUUUCUACUUGUGAAUAUAAAUAUUGGAGUGAAAUACAACGGAUUCAACAGUAUCAGCUGAUUAAUUUGAACGAUGAUACUAAUCACCCCCGAUUUCCUUGCCCGUGCACGUGGAUUCAAGCUUUUUUUGAUAGUCGUUUUACACCAAUGAACAAUGAAAAUUCAUACGAACAAAAAAAUCAAAUUAUCUGUUUUGGACCUGUGAGUCAAAUAAAGGCCAGACUUGGUACUGGAUUUGGGCGUUUACUUUCACAAACGUGCUGCUACAAUAUCUUCUCUUUCUCCAUUAUAACAUAUGGACAAUUUGCGGGUUCAGUUCUACGAGAUAUAUCAGAUAUACGUCAUGCAACUGCAUUUGAAAAUAGAAUAAAAUUCAGAGAUGAUUGUUGCAGAACAAACGACUGGAGUUCUUGUAAAUUGUAUUAUGAACUACGUCCACCUAGCAAUUGUCGAAACUAUCAAACGCCGCAAGCAGUGUGGUAUGGUGGCGAUCCACACAUUCGUACACUUGAUGGUGCACUUUACACUUGUCAUGUUGUUGGAGAUUAUAUUUUUGCUCAAACAACCGAUUAUGCCAAUAUUAUUGCACAAAAUAACACUAAUAGCAAUAUUGUCGAUCCAGAUAAUAUGUUGUUAUAUACACAUGAUUUGUUCACUGUGACAGUAACAGCUAGCAUUAAUGUGCCACAUCUAGAUUAUAUUAGAUACCAGAAAGGCAUCGCUUCAUCUUUUACAAGUUAUACCAUUGAUAGUGAUGGAAUGAAAUUUCAAAUAUCUAGUAUUGAUGAGAUACAUUUCAAUGUCAGGGUUUUUAAUCAGUCAAAUUUAUUAAAUAUUAGUGUACCAGCAACAAACAUAUCAUUUUCUUACUAUAGUGAUGAAAAUAAUCCGGAAACAACACAUCCUUUUUCAAUAACACAAACGAAUUACACACAAUAUUAUUCAAAUAAAAGUGUGGUAUUGCCUCAACUAGUAUUAAAUUUAUGGUCCGUUAGUGCAACUGUUGCGUGCACGUUAUCAUUACCGGCUAAAUUCAAGUCCAAACAGAAUAAUCACUGGUACAUCGAGGGCCUAGCUGGCAAUUACAAUGGCUAUCCAGACGAUGAUCUGGUUAGUCGACGUACCGAUCAGAUAGCAAAUAUAACAAAUGACUAUCAAGUAUAUAACGCAUGCUUAUCAUGUGAGUAGCUUGUUAGGUUAUUCCUUUCAGAAUCGUUUUGCAUCCAAUGGUUAAUAGCCAAAGAAGAAUGUAACUGCUACACAUACUUUAUUUCAGCAAAUUAACAACUAUAUAUAGUAUAUCUCAGCUACAGGAA